GAUUUCUCUUUCUCAAUAAGCCAAGCUAUUUCUAAACUGAAAUACUCUCUUUUUUCCAUUCAUUUCUUCUUUGAUCCACAGCUUCUUCACGUUUAGUUUCUUUCAGUUUGGUGGAGAAGGAGACCUCAUCUGGCUAUAGCUUUCUUCAUUUUCAAAUCCAAAUUCUUCUUGUCUCUUCAAGGACUUUUGAUUGCUCUUUUUUCAGUUCUAAACUCUUUUGUGUUGUUGGGUCCUUCUCGUUUUCCUUUUUGUAACUUUGUGUGCUUCCUAUUGAGUUUUUUCCUGCUUCUACACAUUACUUUCUAGAGUCAUUUUGUGUGACGCACAAUUUAUUUGCAAGACUUCAUGGCUAUGGCCACCUUUACAUCAGCUGCUAGAUUCACACAAGCAUCGUCCUUGGAAAACAACCUUCGUGAUGUUUCCUUCUCUUCCUUCCUGAGCAACUCAGAGGAUAUCUUCGUUCGGAAACUUGCAGAAUCGAAUCGAAAUGUUAGUGCUCAGGAUGUAGAGGAUCAUCAUUACGUUGGACAAAAUAAAGAAGAUGGAGAAAUUGGUGUAUUCGGUGCUGAGAAAUACUUCAAUGGAGGGAUAGAUGAGGACAGUCCAAGAAUUUCCAACAAUAUAACUCCGAGAAAAUACCACCUUCCACCAAAGAAAGAUGAACAAUUAAAUGAUCAUAUGGUCCCUAUAAAACCCAAAGUUCAUUCUGCAACUUCGAGUAUUCAUUCUGAAUCCAGUAGGAACAGCCAGAGCGCGUUGCUGCGAAGCGUUCACAGAAAGACUUCACAAACAAAGACAAACAAGGUGCAUGGGAAGAUUGGAAAGAAUAUUCUUGCUGGCCUUGGCUGCAAAUGCUUUUGUUCUGAUAAGGAUUCUAUUGAUGUUGAUGAUGAACAUUUUGGUGAGAUCAGUUUCAAGAAAAGUCCUAAUACUAAUAUUCUUCAAGGCAAGGCGAUUACAGAAGAACUCAUUAAGGCUAGUCUUGAUCUGGAUCAUAAACCACGCUCAGGAUCACGGGUCGAGGAGGAGAUUCAUUGCCAGAAUUUGGAGAAGUUGGGAAUUGGAAUGAACAAAGAAAACUGUUUUACUUUCCCAACUUCAAAUUCUGAGGCAGGAAUUCUACCCAAAAAAUUGCAACUUCGACCAGAGGAAGCAAUAAAGCCACGGAAAUCACUGGAGGUCUUUGGAUCCCCAGUACAUGACAAGAGAAGCAAGUCCUUCAGAAUUGUGAGGAGGCUAUCCAUGUUGUCUUGGGAUGCAGCUCCGAGAACGGAGGAAAUCGAUUAUUCUGCUGCAUCGGUUGGAGUUUACAAUGAUAAUGAGAGCGAUGCAAGUUCAGACUUAUUCGAGAUUGAGAGCCUGACUGGAAAAGUUGAGCCAUUUCUUCCAAGACGAGGAUCAGAUGUCACCUCUGGCUAUCUCACCCCAACAAAUUGCUAUGCACCAAGCGAGGCUAGCAUAGAGUGGAGUGUGGUCACUGCCAGUGCUGCUGACUUCUCUGUAAUGUCCGAUUAUGAUGAGCUAAGGCCACCCGCAACAGUAUCAAGUCCUGUCAAAACCUUUCUUACAACCGUAAAUGCAAGAUCUGGAAAUAGUGAAGACACCCCAAGGCGCCGUUCCAGCAAUUUGUUACGGUGUAAUAGCCACAAGGCUGUAAGAGUUGCAGGAGAUGCUUACAAAACAAAUGAUAAGGCAAGUUUUGAUCCACGAAUGCAUCGCGCCUCAGAUUCCUUCAUGCCAGUGACAAGUUUUCAAGCUGAGACAAAGCUGAUGGGGUUCGAUCCCAGACAAAGGCGAUAUGCCCAUAGCACCCAUUUACUCCCGGGGUCACACCUAUCAGAGAGUUUCCAUACUUUCGACACUCAAUAAUCUCAAUAUUUCAUAGCUUGUUUCUGUGCCUUGUGCAAUCAAGGGUUUAACUAGCUACGGAUACCUCUUGUUACUCUAUGCUUAAGAAAAUUUUACAGUCCACGAGGCAUUUGAAGUUCCCUCUUUCGCAUCUGUCUCCCUUAUUUCCGUCUCAAAUUUUAUUCUGCGUUCAAUUUUAACUUGUAAUUUUAAGAUAGUGUGUUUCAGAAUCAAUCUGGUUUGUCCAAGCAUGCAUCUUGUUUUGUCAAGUGAUCCUCAAUUGCUAAUGCUUAAAGUUCAGGCACAGGCCUAUUUACAAGGCCACAAA